AUGUAAGAAGACGAUUAAAAAGUAGAAGUUCUCAAUCCUUCAACUGAAGUAUUUGAACUAAGAAUUUUGAUGAAUUCAGUUUAUGAAAUAAUCCUUGACAUUAUUGAAAAACAGGAUGUUAAUUCUUGCAAAUGGGUAAAUUAGAUGAUUGAGGAAUUUACAAAAAUUUCUAUUGAGAAUCGUAAUUCUUCAUAAUUUUUAAGCAAUAUAUAUAAUAUUUUUGUCGAAUAUAAAGCCAAAUUAGAACCAAACCUUAAUUGUCUAAAUUUAAUAAAUAAAUUAAAGGAAAUCCAAUCUAUAGGAGAUGAAAUAUAAGAUUCCGAAAUAGUUUUUAAUCAGAUUUAAAAAAAGUUUACUAAAUUGUUGUAUUUCUCAAAAAUUUUAAAUUAAAGUUUAAAACAGACAAAUAAUUAAAAGAUAACAUAAACAAUUAAUGAUGAAAAAACUGUUCAGACAAAUGGUAUUAUUGUAAUAGGAUAAAAGGGAGUGGGAAAAUCAACCGUCAUUGAAAUAUUAUUAGAUAUUAAAUAAUUUUAACGAGUGAAGUUUCUAAAUCAAUAUCGUUAUAAAUGUGCCAAUUAAUAACAAAUAAAAGAAAAAGUUCUAACUUUGGGUGAGAGGUCUUAUAAAUUUUUUGAAUAUACUACAAAUGAAGAUGAUUAUUAAAAGUAAAUAUUUUAGCAAUAAGAGUUUAUAAAAUUUUGUGGCUAACAUAAAUAAUUAAUAAUUUUAUUGGUGAUUGAUGGUUCAAAUAGGGAAAUUAACUAAAUUUAUAAUACAUUUGAUACUUUAGGAACUCUUUUUAAUAAAAAGGAGCUUUAAUAAAAUCAUCAAAAAUUUUUAGCUUUGAUUUUCACUAAAUGUGAAAUUUAAUAUCGGGAUUAUUUAUUAAAUUAUUGGAAUGAUCUUUAUGAAGAUUCUUUUGAUUAUGAAUACAAAAGUUAUAAAGAAAUGUUAGAAAAUUAAAAAUAGUCAAUUGAGUUGAUUGAUGCUUAUCAUAAUGAUAAUUGUCAAUUCCUCAUUUAAUUUUAAAAUAACUUAUAUCAAAUUUUGAAUAAUAUCAUUAUGAAUCAAAACAAAGAAUAAUAUCAAGUUUAAUGCUAAUAAAAAAUUUAUAUGAAUCAUCAUAUCAGAAGAUUCUUUACAUCAAUGGCUGAUGAUUUAUCUUAACUUUUAAAAAUUAUAAUGGAGAUAUAUUUAAUUUAAAUAUUUGAAUUUCUUUAUGAUAACUUAACAUUACCAGAAAAGGAAGGAAUUCAAAUUGAAAUUAGCUCUUAUUGUGGUAAAUUUGAAGAUUUUAAAAAAUUAUUUUCAGAAUUUUAAAAUUUUAUCGAUAAUUAAAAUUUGCUAGAUUAGGAUUAAAAACUAAGUAAAAAACUCAUAGAAUACCUACAGAAACUUACAGAAGAUUUUGAUAGCACAAGUUAAUUCUAUGAUAUAAGCCUGAUAAACUUUUCUUUAGAUUUUUCAAAUUUUUAUGGACAAUACUAAGAAUUGAGAGCUUUAGGAAAAUAAAAUCAUUGGAAUAAAUAUGGUCUAACUUCUUUUCCAGCUUUGAUUGAUAUAGUAGCUUGGAGUGGUAUAGUAGUAGCAGCUUUGAGUCGUAUAGCACCUAGUAUAGCUUUGAACAAUAUAGCUUUGGGUAGUAUAGCUUUGAGUAGUAUAGCUUGUACUUAUAUAGUUGGGAGAUUCUGUUAUUUUGAAAAAAAAUAACAGAAAACAAUUAAAUUCAAAGAAUACAUGAAAAAAUAUUACCCAAUGAAGUGA